AUGGCAUCAAACAUAUUCUCCCGGAUAAAAUCCCCCUCGGGUGGGUCACAAUCAUUCUACCAACAGCUACGCUCUGGGGAAGACCCCGAGUACGAUCCCGGUCUUGACGAGGAAAACCUUGGUCACCGGUUUGAUGAUUUUCAAGCCGAAGGGAUGGAUAUUGGCGAUAGCAGCAUGACUGUCGAAAGCGUAGCGCCCGGUUCGAAAGGGAAAGGGAAAGCCACGUUCCGACCAACAGCCCAUGCCCGAAGCUCUGGAAUAACAUCACCGCGAUGGCAACAAGAUGACGAUGGAGAUAACGAGGUACCUGCGUCGUUACUGAUGGAACCAAAAGAUCUAGACCCGCCUGCAUCGCCUCCAAAUAAAAGAGCAACAAAUCCUGGUAGCUCGCGGACUCCAGCAAGUGUAGGUCCGUCAUCUGCACGGACAAGGGCCCAAUGGGAAGCGGCAACCGCACAACAACAACUGCAUCAGGACCAUCCAUACACUACGCCUAUGGGACCACAGCCAAUACCAGUUGCCAGGGGGACUAUGUCAAAUAACCCGAGGGAGAAAGCACUGUGGCGAUGGGUCAACACCUCCAACCUGGACAGUUUCAUGCGCGAUGUUUACGACUAUUUCGAGGGCGGGGGUCUCUGGUGUAUUCUCUGUGCCAACGCUUUAUGGCUUUUUCAGUGCAUUGACUACUCAAGAGUCCCCGAUAGUAGGUCAUUGCAUGAAGUCAUCGUUCCGCAAUGCACUCGCAAAAUGUCUGGACUCUGGAACUUUGCAAUCUGGUUAUACACUUUUUUCUUUAUCUGGAAGUGUGUUCAGUAUUUUGUAGAGAUACGCCGCCUCACCUACAUCAGAGACUUUUACAUCUACCUCCUGGACAUUCCGGAACAAGACAUGCAAACUAUCUCCUGGCAGGACGUUGUAGCCCGUAUUAUGGCACUCCGUGAAGAGAAUCCGAAAACCGCAACAAACAUCUCCCCGAGACUGCGACAAUUCAUGGGUAGCCAAUCUAAAGAGCGGCUCGAUGCGCUUGACAUUGCCAAUCGUCUUAUGCGCAAGGAGAACUACCUAAUAGCAAUGAUCAACAAGGAUAUCUUGGAUCUAUCAUUGCCAGUACCAUUCCUUCGCGGCCGUCAGAUGUUCUCAAAGACUAUGGAAUGGUAUCUACAAUAUUGUAUCCUCGACAUGGCCUUCAACGAGCUCGGGCAGGUUCAGCAAGAUUUUCUGCGCCCGGAUCGUAGACGCCUACUGAGCCAGAAGUUGAGACAGCGCUUUUUAUUUGCAGGUUUUCUCAAUCUUUUGUUUGCGCCAGUUGUGCUCGCAUACGUCGUCAUUGUUUAUUUCUUCACAUACUACUACGAAUAUCAAAAGGACCCCAAACAAGCAGCAGCGCGUAAGUACACAUCUUUGGCGGAAUGGAAGUUUCGCCAAUUCAACGAGUUGCCACACAUAUUCUACGAGCGGUUGCAUAUGUCGUACCCAUUCGCAACCCGAUAUAUUGACCAGUUUCCGAAAAGAAUCACCGAAGCGGUCGCCAGAACCAUAGCCUUCAUGUCGGGUGCAAUCACUGCCAUCUUGGCAAUUGGCUCUGUUCUCGAUUCGGAGCUUUUCCUCAACUUUGAGAUUACCAAAGACAGGCCUGUGAUCUUCUACCUCGGUGUAUUUGCGGCUAUCUGGGCAACAACUCGCGGCAUGGUGUCUGAGGAAACAUUGGUAUUCAAUCCAGAAUACGCACUGAGGAAUGUCAUCGAAUACACACGCUACGUGCCGGACCACUGGAAAAACAAACUCCAUAGUUCUGAGGUGAAACAGGAGUUUUCGGAACUGUACAAGAUGAAAGUGGUCAUCUUUCUGGAGGAGAUGAUGGGGAUAGUCACGACGCCCAUGCUACUUCUAUUCUCACUCCCGAGGUGCAGCGAUCAGAUUGUCGAUUUCUUCCGGGAGUUCACAAUUCAUGUUGAUGGGCUCGGCUAUGUCUGUUCGUUUGCCGUGUUCGACUUCCAAAAAGGUCCUGGUAAUACCGGACCCCAGGGGCCUCGACCAGAUGUCCGCGAGGACUAUUACUCCACAAAACAUGGGAAGAUGGCAGCAUCUUAUUACGGUUUCCUCGAUAACUACGCAGCAAACCCGAAGACCGGCAUUCCUGGCCACCUCCCUCCAGGACCGAAGCCAUCGUUUCAUCCUCCACCGUCAUUCCCAGGGAUCGGCUCUCCAACAUUGGCGGCAGAUAUGCAGGGCUCUCAUAUUGGUCGGACGGGGACGGAGACAGGGCGUGCUAGAAGUCGAGCCCCUGGUGGACGCGGCCCACGUAUCGGGGUCAUGCCACAACCUUCUCCAAUGGCGUCCAUGCUGCUAGAUCAGCAUCAUCAACCUCCCGGGGGCAACAUGGUUGCACGAAGUCUACAUGCUUCAAGGUAUCCACGAGGGUAUCGAGGAGAGAGCCAAAUUAUCGAAGAGACUGAAGCAAGUAGCAUCAGGCGAAACGGGGAAGAUGAUGAACUGUAUGAGCCAGGAGGCGCGCUGGGUGAAUCGGUAUGGGAGACCUCCCCAGCAAGAGGUGUGACUCGAGAGAACAGUGCUGCCAAUACUGAAGAUCCCGAGGCAGGGGUGUUGGGUCUGAUAUACCAGCUUCAGCAGACUCAGCGUCCUCGGCGAGGCGGCGGAAUGGUAUAA